CUGUGAUUACGCCGACAAUGGACCAUCCUAUGUCAAUGCAGCCAGCAAACAUGAUGGGCCCCCUGACGCAACAGAUGAAUCAUCUUUCAUUGGGCACAACAGGAACGAUUCAGUCCCAAGACAGGAUUAUGAUACUCCACCAGCUGUUGUGUCAGUAUAUGACUGCUGCCGCUCCUAUGCAAGGGACCUACAUUCCCCAGUACACGCCUGUGCCUCCAACAGCUGUUUCUAUUGAAGGUGUUGUUGCUGAUACCUCUCCCCAGACAGUGGCACCUUCAUCCCAGGACACCAGUGGUCAGCAGCAACAGAUAGCAGUGGACACAUCCAGCGAACAUGCACCUGCAUAUUCUUACCAACAGUCUAAACCAUGAACAAGACUGAAGAAUGUUCGUCGGAAACAUUGCCUUGAACGAAGAAACUUCAUUGAACAGGAAGUUGGCUUCCAGUUUGCACAGGCGUCGAUGGAAUGCUUUCUUUCUUUCUUUCUUUCUUUUUUUUUUUUUUAAUUUUCUACUUUACCCAGUGAAAACAAAGUGUUUUUAUGUGCCGUGCAAAUGGUUCCUUCAUGUGGUCUGACAGUUUAUUUUUGCCAUCUUUUUUUUUUUUAAAGAAAAAAAUCCCAGAAGAGGAAACAAACAAAACCAACAACAAAACAAAACACAGAAGGUUGACAUUUUAUCUGGAAGACCAUUUGAAUUCAGAAUUUACCAGAAGAUGUAGACAGAUUUUUGUUUUUUUAAAACAGAAAAUCAGAUAUCAAGAGGUGGGCAAAGCAGAAAUGGAAACAAAUUGUCUUCCUUGGUAAUUAAGCUACCCUUUCUUUUCCCCUUUUUGUUUAAAUCUAGUGGGUUGGUUUUUUAUUUUAUUUUUUUCUUAGAAAUAUUUAGGUAAGGUUUAUCUUGAAUCUUAAUUGCCUUAAUUUUAAGGACGUCAAAGGCUCUCAAGGCAAGCUGUCAACGUCUUGUUAAAAAAAAAAAUUCAAGAAAGAAUUGAAAUAUUGUGCCGGCUUUAACUGGUACAGAAGUUUAAGACUAUGAGUUUUUAGGGUGAAAAAAAAAACUGUACAGUUUAAAAGAAAAUGUUUUUCUUCAUUUGAAGAAAAUUUGUUGAUAAAAGAAACCAUGGCAACUGCAAGAAUUGGGAAAAUGCUGGGACUUUUCAUGAACUUUGUCUUAAGUGUUGAAUCAUUCUAGAAGGCUAAAACAUUUUACGGUAAAGUUAUUAAUGUUGGUUUAAAAACAACUGCAUUAGAAAUAAUGCGUGUUUGGGGGGCAGAAUGCAGAUUUUUUUUAUUUACGAAGCGUGAUCGCUAGCAAAAGCAUUAGUGCUUUUUAUCUGCAGUCUUUUUUAUGAGCUUUACAAAGUUUUUAGUCAGCUUUGCUUGUCACAUUGCAAAACCUAGCUUAAGAGCAUUAAAAAAAAAAAAAACUUAAGUAGAUAGGAGCUUAUGGUCAAAAAGUGCAAAAAAAAAAAAACAAAAAAAGCAAUAGAUAGAGAAAUUGUUGACAAUUUCUGUAGUCUUUCCUAGUUGUGAUCAAAUUCAGCCUAUGGAUGGCCUAUUUUAUACCAAAGAUGAAGUGGCACCCUAUUGCAGUCCAGAAGAUAGAGGUUGUUUUCCAUUUCUUCUCUUUUCUUUUUAAGAAUUUUAUUUGACCUACAUGGCCGGACCAGUUCUUACUUUGUUGUUUGUUUAAACUACCUUCCACUGGUGUUUUAUAUACUGCAAAACAAAACACAACAAAAGGUGUUUUGUUUUUGUUUUUGUUCCUGUUUCUGUUUUUGUUUUUUUGUUAACAUGCAUUUGUUGAUUCUAGUAGAAAAGCUUGCACCUGCUGUGUUCAGCAGUUUCCGCAGGAAGAGUUCUGGAUACCAACUGACAGAGCCAAAUGGCUUUAUAUUCAAUCUGUGAGCUUUUCUAGUUCCUUACUAGCUCUCUUGAAUGGUGACACCUGUGUGGAUGGCCACUGAUAUGUGGAGACCCUUGUUUAACAGGUUGAAAUUCCUUUCUGUGAACUUUGAACUAAAGGUCCUUCCCGGAACUGGUCUGAAAGGUCACUUGUCAAAAAACAAAACAAAACAAAACAAAACAAAACAGCUUAGUGAUAUUCUGUUAAGUGAUGAGUGGUCUCCUGAAAAGGUCUCAUUGUAUUUGUAACAAUAGUCUUCCUUUUCAAUCCAACACCUCUAGGUUUUGUCUUCUCACCUCAGUCUUUGUUCAUCUACCAUGAAUAGUCACCUUGAUUCUGCGAGUGGGGAGGGGCUAUCUUCUUCUUGCCUCCUGUCAUUGCAUUUUCAUACCCUGGUGUUGUCAGAAGAAGGACAAAAAUAGACCUUUUGUUUCUGUUUAACUCUCUGAGACAAGUAGGACCAAUCAGAUUGAGGAUUCUGUUAGUGGAGUUUAGGUAAGCUUUUAAAAUGCUAGUUGACAAUCAAGAAAUUGUAUGAUUUAUAUUGAUAAGAACCAAAAGUAUUAGGUUUGCUCAAUCUUUAAAGCCAAAGGAGAUAUAUUUGCUUUGAGAAUGAUGCAAAACUUUGUCUAAAGUGAAUUAGAUUGACUUAACAAACAUCUCUGCAUAUUUGACUCAUGGAAUCCAUGUUCAACCUGUAUAGUUUUACCUGAAAUUAAGACUGAUGGAAGUUUGUUAGUUGAACCAUGCACCACAGUUGCUUUCUGAAGGGAUCAUUAGAAGCAAAGAGGGGAAAGUCUUUGCACAAACGAAGUCCGGGGAAAUUGUCUUAGUCCAGAGGGAAGAGGGAAAUGCGUGAAGUGCACUGUUAAAGAAAACAGGGUAGGCUUUUAAAAACUACCAAAAAAAACCAAACAAACAAACAAACAAACAAAAACCCUUAAAAGGCAAAUCACAUUCCCAUUAGGUCAAUAUCAGUAAUGAGUCUGGCUGUUCUGAAAUUGUCAGUAUUCAGCUAUUUGUGACCUGUUAACAGAAACGGGCCCAGUUCUUUUAUUUGAAACCCCAUGAAUUGGAAACUCAAGUUUAGAAAGUGGCUCCCUAUCUUUGCGGUCAAAUCAGAGGCAUGAAUGGAUCCAAGAAAAUGUAGCAUGUGCUGCUACAGAGAAAUUCCAUCUGGUGACACCCAUCCUUAAUGGUUUUCCAUGCUCUCAAGAGAAUCCUAGAUGUGUGCUUUCUUCUGUUCUGUCCUUCAAGCAUCUCAUGUAUUUCAAGGGUGGCACUUAAGUUUUAUCUUUGCGAAGCAGGCCCCUGAGUUACAGGGGGUAUAAGGAAUAUGUAUAGGAACUGUGCUUUUUGUUUCUCUUUUUCAGUCUCUGAACUCUUUGUAUAAAUAAGGAUUAUCCUGGGCAUAAUUCAUUUGACUAUGAAACCAACAUGCUUUCUUUUGUUUCUGUAAAACACACACACACACACACAUACACACACACACACACACACACACACACACACAAAUCUUAAUGUGAUACAAAGAAAGUCUCAUUUACGCAAUCAACAAUGAGGCUAAGAGGUAGCUACCAUGUGGCUGAUGAAUGUGCCUAGGUAACUUCCUGUUUCUAUUCAAAACUACUGCUUUAUUUAUACAUUCAGAAACAUUUUUUUCAACUAUGAAAUUUCAAUGAUCUCAAUUUUUUUAAGCCACUUUAGGCACAAGGAAAUUACCUGUCAUUUUAUGUGUCCAUGUGUGUUUUGUGUUUGGAUUUUUAAUAUCAUGCCAUUCUAGAAAAUAUCUUAUUUCAAACCAAAAAGAAAAGGAAAAAAAAGGAAAAAUGACACAUGUUCAAAUUUGCAUCUGUCAUCUUACCUAAUGACUGUUUUUAAGAGUCAAGUCUGGGGGAAUAAAAAAAAGCAUGAACAGGUAAGCAGCAUCACAUUGUAUGAAGACUAAAACAAACCAAAAUAAUGUGUUCAAUAUAUACAGACAUCAGAAUCUUGAUUUAAUCGGCAACUGAUAUAUAUGGUGAUUCUAAUCCUAUUUAGGACACUUUUUUUUUU